AUGGGAUUCAAGUGGACGCCGUAUGUGUGUGCCCAAUGCACGGUACAGAUCCGGAGCUCGGCUUUGCGACGCUUGUCGAGCAGAUGGCCAUCGCUACAGAGACGCCAAAACAGCCACGCCGCAUCCCGCCCAUUCCGAGUUGCAGUCGUCGGAUCAGGGCCUGCUGGGUUCUAUGCGACCUACCGAUUGCUAGGGAAAGUCGAGGAUGCGGUGGUGGAUAUGUAUGAGAAGCUCCCCGUGCCGUUUGGGCUGGCAAGAUAUGGUGUAGCACCCGACCAUCCGGAAGUGAAGAAUUGCGAGGAUAAAUUCAACGAAGUCGCUACUUCUCCUCGGUUCAACUUCAUCGGGAAUGUAGAGCUUGGCCGUGAGCUCUCUCUUGAGUCACUGAAGCCACACUACGACGCCAUUCUUUUCGCCUACGGGGCAGCAAAGGAUAAGGAGCUUGGAAUUCCAGGAGAGAAGGCAUUGCGAAAUGUCUAUUCGGCUCGCGCCUUUGUCGGAUGGUACAAUGGCCUCCCUGAGCAUCGUGAUCUGGCUCCAGACCUGACUACGGGGGAAGAGGCGGUCAUUAUUGGACAAGGAAAUGUGGCUCUGGACGUUGCAAGGAUACUUCUCUCGGACUUGGAUGAGCUUCGCAAGACGGAUAUUGCCGAGUAUGCUGUGGAAGCGCUGGCCAAGAGCAGAGUCAAGCGCGUCCGGGUCGUUGGGCGUCGAGGACCAAUGCAGCAGGCCGCCUUCACAAUCAAAGAAUUACGCGAGCUACUACAGCUUCCGUCUGUCUCAUUUGACCCCAUUCCCAAGGAUCUUCUACCCCCUGACGCGGUUCUUUCUUCUCUUCCUCGGGCGCAGAAGCGGCUGAUGCAAUUGCUAGCGAAAGGCUCCACCAACGAUCCAGCUACUGCGACCAAGUCAUGGUCUCUCGAUUUUCUCCUAUCCCCGCAAUCGCUACACUGGUCUCCAAUCCAUCCGUACCGGUUGUCUCAUGUUAAGUUCUCCAGGAACGAGCUAGACCCGUCUGAUCCGUACCUUGCUUCUGCAAAAGUAACGCCCAAGGUUUUGUCCAGUGGCAAGCGGGCUGAAAUGAACAUUCCUGCCAACAUUUUUUUCCGCAGCGUCGGGUACAAAUCGUUGCCCUUGCCAGGAAUGGAGGAGGAUCUAGGCAUCCACUUCGACCCAGACCGCGGCAUUAUCCCCAACGAUGGCUUCGGGAGAGUCAUCAACCCUUCUGGCCUCGGCGAGAGGCAAGUGCUUCCCGACGGCUCCGUCAUCUCGCACAUGCCUGGACUCUAUUGCGCCGGAUGGGUGAAGCGUGGACCAACCGGUGUUAUUGCCACUACUAUGACCGACGCUUUUACGACAGCCGAUACCCUUGCUGCAGAUAUUCAAGAGCGAAAGAGCCACUCGGACGCUGAACUCUCACUUCUCAAUGAGCCGGGCCAUGGCACUGGGCUGGGAUGGGAGGGUGUGCGUCCCGAGGCCGAACGGCGAGGCCUCCGCCCUACAACGUGGCAGGACUGGCAACGUAUUGAUUCUGCGGAAAAGGCUCGUGGUCAACAAAAGGGGAAGCCGAGGGACAAAUUCGGUCGAGUCGAAGAAAUGUUGGACGUGCUGAGCUGA